UCUUUCAACAGCAUCAACAGUUCGUCAGCCACCUCGGUAGCUUGCGUCUAUAGACGCUUUCGUGUAUAUUAGCCACUGUGUUUUAAACACACUUCUGUCGUCUAGUUAGUUAUCCGAUUUAAUUACAUAUUUACUGUGUUGUUAUUAGUCAGCUAGCGGGCUGGUUAAGUUAGCAUUAGCCUAGCUAGCUAACAUUUCCGACCAUGAGCUCACUAAUCAACACUCUUACUAAAGAAGAGGGGGUCUGCUGGACGGAGAAAGAAUCUCUCGUCAAAGAAGAGGAGGCUGUUACAAUACAAAAACAAGUAGAGGGUGAGGUAGUUACGGUGAAAGAAGAAGAGAAAGACGUGUCAGUGAAAGAAGAGAAAGACGUGUCAGUGAAAGAAGAGGAAGACUCGUUCAGAGUGAAAGAAGAGGAGGAUGUUACAGUAAAAGAAGAGGAGGAUGUUACAGUAAAAGAAGAGGAGGGUGUUACAGUAAAAGAAGAGGAUGCAGUUGUUGGAGUGAAAGAGGAGGAGGAGGAGAUUACUAUUACAUCGAAAAAGGAGGAAAAAGAAGAGGAGGAAACUGGAUAUCUGGGCCUGAUUUCCCAAAGGCAUCUUAAGGCAUCGUGUGGUUCUAACGAUGAAUGUGCCCUGAUUAACACUAGAGAGAGACGUGACUAUCAUGGAUCCUCUGGGGAGCCUCAACAACCUCAUGACACUGACAAGGCAGAGAAGAGUCUCUCCAGAUCAAAACACCCCAAGAAACACCUGCAGAGACCCAGAGGGAAGAGAACUCACUGCUGCUCUGACUGUGGAAAGUGUUUUGUUUCUUCAGGAUGUUUAAAAUCACACCAGAGAACACACACAGGAGAGAAACCUUAUGGUUGUGAUCAAUGUGGGAGGAGAUAUGUUACUUCUAGCGGGCUGACUAAACACCAGAGAACGCACACAGGAGAGAAACCUUAUAACUGUAUUCAAUGUGGGAAGAGUUUUACUCAGUCAUCCAGCCUGAUAUUACAUCAGAGAACACACACAGGAGAGAAACCUUAUAGCUGUAUUCAAUGUGGGAGGAGUUUUACUCAGUCAUUCAGCCUGAUAUUACACCAGAGAACACACACAGGAGAGAAAUCUUAUAUCUGUGCGCAAUGCGGGAAGAGAUUCGCCUCCUCAGCAGACAUUAAAAUUCACCAGAAAAUCCACACAGGAGAGAGACCGUUUAGAUGCUCUGACUGUGGAAAGAGUUUUGUUCGCUCAGGACAAUUAAAAUCACACCAGAGAACACACACAGUAGAGAAACCUUAUAGCUGUAAUCAAUGUGGGAAGAGUUUUACUCAGUCAGGCAACCUGGUAUCACACCAGAGAAGACACACAGGAGAGAAACCUUAUAGCUGUGAUCAAUGUGGGAAGAGGUUUACUCAGUCAGGUAACCUGGUAUCACACCAGAGAACACACACAGGAAAUAAACCUUUUAGCUGUGAUGAAUGUGGAAAGAGUUUUACUACAUCUAACCAUCUUAUCGUACACCAGAGAACACACACAGGAGAGAAACCUCAUUGCUGUGAUCAAUGUGACAAGAGAUACUCUGAUAAAAGAUCACUGAUCAAACAUCAGAAAAUACAUACAUGAAGGAGUUAUUUCAUGAUAUCAAUUAAAUAAUGUCACAAUGUAUAAUGUUUUAACAUUGUAGCAGGAGUAUUUUAAAUGAUGUCACAUUGUAGAAUGUUUAAAUAUUGUAGUAGGAGUGUUUUAAUGAUAUCACAAUGUAGGAUGUUUUAACAUUGUAGUAGGAGUAUUUUAAUGAUAUCACAAUGUAGAAUGUUUUAUCAUUGUAGUAGGAGUGUUUUAAUGAUGUCACAAUGUGGAACCCUAAAAGUUUUUGUCCCCUGUUCUAUUGAUUUCAACAUGAUAUGGAUAUUAGCGUCAGGGGGAAAAUCCAGGCUCUGAAUUGAAAGAGUAUUAUUUAUGUGAUUUAACAAAAAGUUACUAACAAAAAAAGGGUUGUGUUACACACACCACUUUGGCCACCAACUUAAAUCAAAAUGCAACACUUCAAAAUGUACCUAGCUGUUUUCUACAAAUUGUCCUCUAACAAGGGAUGUACACAUUAUUCCCAGAUUCUGUGUGGAUUUUGGUCAGUCAUGUUUAACAGGACGUGUAACCUCAUCUCCCUCCUGUUGCACACUUGAUUUCAACAUGAUAUCGAGGAGUUAUGACAAAUAAGUGUUGUGUUCCUUUGUUUAGUGACCCCUACAUUUAAAUGCAUCACUCCAAAAUGUAGCUGACUGUCUUCUGUAGAUUGUCCUCUAACCAGUGAGGUAAAAGAUAUCUCCCAUUUCCAUGUGUUUUGUUUAGUUGUGUUAGAUUCAACAGCACGAACAACCUGAUUUCCCCCCCCCCCCAGUUGAUAUCAGUGAUUUAUUGCUAUUUGUCAAAACAUCAGCGUUUUUGGUGCCGUUUAUAAUAAUAUGAUUAUUGUGACAGUAGUUUGUGUAUAUAGCAAAUUUUAUGUUUAGGUUUUCAAUUUAUCACAAACUGUUUCUGCAUAUUGGUUAUUGAUUUGGACACGUUAAAACUGUGUUUUGACAUUGGGGAUAACCCACCUAGCAAAAUGUAAUUGAAAAGAAGACUAUGCCUGACAUGAAAGUUGAAAAUAUAUAUAAAAUAUAUAUUUUUCAAUGAAAACAACUUAUUUUCGAAUAAGUUAUUUUCAAUCUGACAUCACUCCAGUAUUUGACAACAUUCAAGUGCUAAUGGUCUUUAUUCCACUACUGAAGAAGCCUGACUCAAAUCACCUCAUAUUUCAAACAUCCAGCCUGACAAAAGAUACAUGUUUUAUUAUUCCAUGCCUCACCAUCAAGUUAAUUAUUGCCGAUACAUAUUAACAAAGGGGUGUACAUUUGCUUUUGACAUUUCAUAUUUACAAUUAUGUAACAUUUAGUAAUCAUAGUUAUUCAUGCAACCAACUUGAUAUUUUUGGGUACAAUUAUAUUGACAUUGUUCCCCUGCUUUUAUAAUAUCAGGGUUCAUUCUCAGAUGUGUCAACCCAAAUGUACUAGAGCAUGACAUUGGGGACUGGGCCCCGAUCCAACAACAUGCCUAUGUAGUGAACCCUGAAAGGAGAGAGAUGCUCCGCAGUGAGGUGGAAAGUUAAUACGGAUAUUGCAGGAGUUUCCUCUUGAAAUCAGACCUGUCCGUGAUAAGGACAACUUGGUUGCUGAUCGUCUCAAGGGUGGGCAGUCAAAAAGAUUUGUGUUUUGAGUUUAUCUAGUGCGUUACCAUUAAUUACCAUGGAUUAUUUUGACUGCACGUUUUUCCGUAUUGGAGAUUAGUUUUGUUUGGGCUCGUUCCAAGGGGACAAGAGUUCUAGAAGCUAGUGAGGGAAAAAAGUUUUUCUUUCUGCUUUUUAAUUGAUGACAGCCAGUAGACACCAUGUUUAUAUUGUAGAAGGUGAAGCAUUGUAGUUGAUUAUAAUGUGAAACGCAAGUUGUUUUCUGUUGGUGGUGAGCAUUCUCUUAAGGUGUUACAGUCUUUGGUUUUUCCAUUUAUGUUUUGAGGUUGGACGUUUGAGCAGGUACAGCUCGUUAGCACGUAGGACGCACUGAUUGGUGUCACCUCGUUAGUCAGUAUGUGUUACACCUGUGCUGGCUUGUCCAUCUCGUUAGUGGGAAGGUGUUUCACCUGAGCUGGUCCAGGUUCUAUUUAAGAGUGUCUGGCCCAGUGCUCCAGUUGUCUUGAUAGAUGUGACAAAUCAACACCUUUAGUUGUGCUACCGUUUUGGCUUCCUGUUUUUAAGUUUGUUGUGGGUUUUUCUUUUGUUUUCCUCUUCUUGGGUGGAUUUAGGGGGUCUCAUGGUGGGUGACUUUUAGGUCCCAGUUGUUGUUACUAGUCAACUUUCAGUGGACACUGAGAGCAAAAUUGCAAGAUUGUUAUUAUACUUUUAUUGCAUCAAAUGGUGGUUUUAUGCAACAGAAUAGAGGCUUCUUAUAACUAUUGUGUCUGUUUUCUACUGAGGAUGAGCCUCUGGGAGAAAACAAUGACAGAGAUUUACAAUGUGUUUUGGGUGAUUAAAACCUAAAGAGACCACAUUCCAGAGCAUGAGUUAAUGUUUCUGUUCUAUAUGGUACCAGGGAGGGAUGACCUCAGGGCCAGACCCUGGUCUCUACUCAGAGUACUGUUUUUACUGCAGAUACGGUCUGCUGAGAAUUAGUAGUAUUAGAAGUAUCUUUCAUACAAAUCAUAACCUUCUGACCCAUUCUAUACAUCUGUUGUUGGUCAUGUAGGUUGAAAGGGGUGUAUCUUGGCUGUAACAGACCUUUGUACUUUUGUAUCGGGGCUCUCAAUCAUCUGGGGGUGAUUCAACAACCAGCCAUCACUAUCGUAGAGCACUCAAUUGAUUCACUUUGUAUGUGUAUGUUGUAUUAACCUGCUCUCUUAAGUGAAUAAAGAUUUAGUUUAA